AACAUUCCGUGUGCCGGAGGCUGCACGAUAGUCACAUCAUUGUCCACCGGCGCGCCUGCGACUGGCAACUUCCAGCUCGCGCGGGAAAUUCAAAAAUAUUAUUCUUUUUUUUUCCGAUCUUUAACUUUUUCUUUUUUUACUGUGGCUUGUGUUGUGGUGACUUUUUAUUUUAUUUUGUGGAACAUUUAAUUUGUGAAGGCAUGGUCGCGUAGAACGAUGCUGGGUAACUUAAGAUCGCUGCUGUUGGCAGCCAUCGUGAUAAGUAACUGUAUAACGUGGACAGCAUCAAGGCAUCAUUAUACACAUAAUGUCUCCAGACACCGAAGUAGACACAGACGGCAAGGCGCUGGUUUAUAUCUAUCAGCGUCUUACGUGCUGCCCGGAGGCGAAGGAAACGGCUGGGGCGAAUGGGGUGACGUCACACCCUGCUCUAGAACCUGCGGCGGUGGAGUGGCCAGUCAAAAGAGAAUAUGUUUAGAAAUCGGUCCGAAUGGAGAGCCACAGUGUACUGGCGGUGAUACCAAAUACUUCUCUUGCGAGACCCAGGACUGUCCUGAAAAUUCACUCGACUUUAGAGCCGAACAAUGCGCCCAAUACAACAACGUCACAUUCAGAGGCAAGAAAUACAGAUGGGUGCCAUACUUGAAAGUCUCCAAACCUUGUGAGUUGACAUGUAUGCAGCACGGAGAUCGGUUUUACUAUCGUCACAAAGAGAAGGUGAUCGAUGGGACUCGCUGUAAUGACGACUCCUUCGACGUGUGCGUUGAUGGAGUUUGCCAGCCCGUGGGAUGUGAUAUGAUGCUCGGAUCCAACGCCAAAGAGGACAAGUGCAGACAAUGCCGCGGGAACGGACACAACUGCCAUACAACAAGAAAACUCAUUAACACACAGGAUCUCAGAAAGGGCUACAACGACAUUCUGCUUAUACCGGAAGGCGCCACAACGAUCUACAUAACAGAAGUAGAACCCUCGAACAACUAUUUGGCUUUGCGCUCGAAGAACGGCACGUACUACCUAAACGGUGACUACCACAUCGACUUCCCCCGCAGCAUGACCAUCGCCGGCGCCCUCUGGAACUACGAACGCAACCAGCAAGGGAUCACCGCUCCCGAUAAACUACGCUCCUUGGGACCCAUCAACGAGCCCUUGUACCUUUCAUUGCUUCUCAUAGACGAGAACGUUGGCGUGGAAUACGAAUACAGUCUUCCUAUUGAGAAGGCGCCGCUACCAACACAGAGAUACAGCUGGGUGCACGGAAACUUCUCAUCUUGUUCAGCUACGUGCGGUGGUGGGAUUCAAAGCCGCGACGUGACUUGCCGUUCCCGUGAAGAGCUAGAAGUCGUGGAUGAGGGUCUCUGCGACGACGGCCUAAAGCCGGCCACAAACCAAACCUGUAACACGCAAGCGUGUCCACCCCAGUGGGUCCCCGGUAACUGGAGUCGCUGCUCUAAGAGAUGCGGCAAGGACGGAACCAGAUCGCGGGAGGUUCGCUGCGAGAAGAUCAUCACGAAUGGACUCCCUUCAGUAGUGGACGAUAAGGAGUGCUUCGAUCUCCUCGGUCCAAAGCCAGCUCUCUACGAAUCGUGCAACGUUGACGCCGCUUGCCCGACCUGGUUCAUCUCACCCUGGAAGCCAUGCGACAAGCUGUGCGGUAGCGGACAGCAGACGAGACAAGUGGUCUGCUACCAGAAGAACAACGGUCGGAUCAACGUUCUGAGCGACGACGAGUGUUCGGAGGAGAAGCCCCUUGACCGCCAACCCUGCGAGCUGGAGCCGUGCGAGGGCGUCGACUGGAUGGUGUCUGAGUGGACGGGCUGCGACACCUGUCUGGCCACGGUCCGCAGUCGCGUUGCGCAGUGCGUGACCAAAGACUACCGAGUGGUCAACUCGAGCUUCUGUUCUUACCACCCGACCCCAGCGCUGGAGGAACCCUGCGACAAAACCAAGCUGCCCGCGUGCCAAGUGCAGUGGUACGCCACUCAGUGGAGCAAGUGCUCAGUAGAAUGCGGCGUGGGAAAGAAAACUCGACGAGUGUUCUGUGGUAAAUUCGAUGGAGCUUCGGUAAUGAAAGUGGACGACAGCAAUUGUCCCAAAGAAGAAAAAUACAACGACUCGAAGCCUUGCGAAGUUCCAGAAGAGAAGUGCCCGUCCAAGUGGUACGCGGCUCCCUGGUCGGAGUGCACGAAGUCAUGUGGGAAGGGCUUGCGGUUCCGCAGCGUCGUGUGCCUCAGAGGAGGGAAAGAAUUCUCAGAUUGUCCCAAGAAGUCCCUCCCGGACUCCGCGGGCUCAUGCAACGAGCAGCCCUGCGAGGCACUCGAUAAAAAAUCUACGCCGAUAAUCGACGAAGAUUAUGAAUUGUACAACGAUUGUAUCGAAGAGGAAGGAUUUGAAGGAGUCAAUCUAGAAGCAGACACCAAUUUUGUGAUUGACGAGACCAUGUUCAGUGACCAGCCAGCUUUUAGCGAAGGCUCAGGAUACUUUACAAGUUUAGAUCUCGAAUCAACGUUCCCUGAAAUUGGCUCCGGAACAGAAUCGACUUUCUCAACGGACGAGUUGCUUACUGUCGAAGGUUCAGGCUACUCAUCGAGCGACACUACAUUUGUUGAUUUGAUAAAUACGAGUGAAACCGAAGACGUGACUGCGUCAACCCAAGAAGAAACAACAGAGUCUGGCACACCUACAUCAUCUGUAUCAGAAGAAACGACAGAGUCUGGCACACCAACAUCAUCCGUAUCAGAAGAAACAACAGAGUCUGGAACACCAGCGUCAUCUGUGUCAGAAGAAACAACAGAGUCUGGCACACCAACAUCAUCUGUGUCAGAAGAAACAACAGAGUCUGGCACACCGACGUCAUCUGUAUCAGAAGAAACAACAGAGUCUGGCACACCGACGUCAUCUGUAUCAGAAGAAACAACAGAGUCUGGAACACCAGCGUCAUCAGUUUCAGAAGAAACAACAGAGUCUGGCACACCAACGUCAUCUGUAUCAGAAGAAACAACAGAGUCUGGCACACCGACGUUAUCUGUAUCAGAAGGAACAACAGAGUCUGACACACCAACAUCAUCUGUAUCAGAAGAAACAACAGAGUCUGGAAUACCAGCGUCAUCAGUUUCAGAAGAAACAACAGAGUCUGGCGCACCGACGUCAUCCGUAUCAGAAGAAACAACAGAGUCUGGAACACCAGCGUCAUCAGUUUCAGAAGAAACAACAGAAUCUGGCACACCGACGUCAUCUGUAUCAGAAGAAACAACAGAGUCUGGCACACCAACAUCAUCUGUGUCAGAAGAAACAACAGAGUCUGGCACACCAACAUCAUCUGUGUCAGAAGAAACAACAGAGUCUGGCACACCGACGUCAUCUGUAUCAGAAGAAACAACAGAGUCUGGCACACCGACGUCAUCUGUAUCAGAAGAAACAACAGAGUCUGGCACACCAACAUCAUCUGUAUCAGAAGAAACAACAGAGUCUGGAACACCAGCGUCAUCAGUUUCAGAAGAAACAACAGAGUCUGGCACACCAACGUCAUCUGUAUCAGAUGAAACAACAGAGUCUGGCACACCGUCGUCAUCUGUAUCGGAAGAAACAACAGAGUCUGGCACCCCAACAUCAUCUGUAUCAGAAGAAACAACAGAGUCUGGCACACCGACGUCAUCUAUUUCAGAAGAAACAACAGAGUCUGGCACAGCAACUUCAUCUGUAUUAGAAGAAACAACAGAGUCUGGAACACCAACAUCAUCUGUAUCAGAAGAAACAACAGAGUCUGGCACAGCAACUUCAUCUGUAUCAGAAGAAACAACAGAGUCUGGAACACCAGCGUCAUCAGUUUCAGAAGAAACAACAGAGUCUGGCACACCAACGUCAUCAGUUUCAGAAGAAACAACAGAGUCUGGCACGCCGACGUCAUCAGUUUCAGAAGAAACAACAGAAUCCGGUACCUCAACAUCUUCUGUGUCAGAGGGAACCACAGAAUCGGUUACUGUAAUAACAGGAUCCACGGAAGAAAGCUCGACAGCAAACGUCUUUGAUGAAAGUGAAAUGACGCGUGGCGUUACGUUGCGAAAUUGGGCGGUAACAUUCGUUCCGGGCUACACCAAGCGACAUUGCAGGAGAAGGAACGUUAAAUGUGCCACCACUAAAUUCGGAUGCUGCCCAGAUAGAAGAACUGCCGCUUCUGGACCCUUCGACGAAGGCUGCGAAAAAGUACGAACUUGCAAAGAAACCAGAUUUGGAUGCUGUUCUGACGGAGUAUCCGCAGCUCUUGGACCAGAAGAGAAGGGUUGUCCUCCGUCGCUGUGCGCAGAAUCCUUGUUUGGUUGUUGUCUCUCGGAUAAUAAAACGGCAGCAGGAGGCAACGACCAGGAAGGAUGUCCACCCAUGCCACCCGCGUGCAAGCUCGCUCCGUAUGGCUGCUGUGCAGAUGGAGAGACUGAAGCUACGGGUCCCGACUUUUCAGGAUGUCCCGAGCACUCGACUAGUACUGAAACAGUAACUGAAACUGAAACGUCAUCGGAGACCAGCAGCGUCGGCACGGAGGAGGCCGUCCACAGCACCACCGUGUCGGGCGAAGACUGCGCUGGAUCCGCCUUCGGAUGUUGCUACGACAAUCAGACUGCGGCCUCGGCUCCUGGUCCAGCAGGGUGUCCCUGCAACGCUACUGAGUUCGGUUGCUGUCCUGAUAAUCAUACGCCAGCCGAAGACGCCGAAAUGAAGGGCUGCCCACUGACCUGCGCUACGUCAAGGUUCGGAUGUUGUCCUGACGAUGUGACUCCGGCCCACGGUCCGGACGGCGAAGGAUGCUGCCUGAUUUAUCCAUUUGGGUGCUGUCCAGAUAACUUCAAGGUUGCUGACGGACCGAACUUUGCAGGUUGUGAUUGUCAUUACGGCCGCUUCGGCUGCUGUCCUGAUAACACAACAUACGCCCGUGGACCUGCCAACGAGGGUUGUGGCUGUGAGCACACCACCCACGGGUGCUGCCCUGACAGGCACACACCAGCUACGGGUCCUGACAGAGAAGGUUGCGGUUGCCACACUUACCAGUUCGGUUGUUGUCCCGAUGGCGUCACCAUCUCGAAGGGUCCGGGGCUGCAGGGUUGUCGCUGUGAGCAAUCACAAUAUGGAUGCUGUGGCGACGGAGAGACCCACGCUACUGGACCAAACCUUGGAGGCUGCGACUGUUCGACUAGCAAAUACGGAUGUUGCCCUGACGGCCAAACACUGGCUGAAGGACCCAAGUUCUUCGGAUGCACUGAUAUUCCAGAAAAUAAACAAGUUGCGUGCAGUCUGGCAAAAGACCGUGGUUCAGGCCGCGACUACUCCGUCUACUGGUAUUACGAUAUGGAAUAUGGCGGCUGCUCAAGGUUCUGGUACGGAGGAAGUGAUGGGAACGGUAACAGGUUCGCCACGAAAGAAGAGUGUGACGACGUCUGCGUGCAACCGUCACCGAAAGACGCCUGCAAGCUACCGAAGGUCAAAGGAGCGUGCGUCGGCUACAACGUGCGCUGGUACUAUGACUCCGAGAGGGAACAGUGCAGCCAGUUUGUGUACGGAGGGUGCCUGGGCAACGCGAACAACUUUGACACCAGAGAACUGUGCCAGAGCCAGUGCGAGCCCGCCAGGACUAAAGAUCAGUGCAGUCUGCCCAUUGAGCGAGGAUCUUGCGCUGGCAACUUCCCGCGCUGGGGCUUCAAUGAUGAGACGCAGCGCUGUGAGGAGUUCAUCUGGGGAGGCUGCGAAGGAAACUCGAAUAGGUUUGGUUCGGAAGCGGCUUGUAAGCAGCGCUGCGACCCGCCCGGGACACUCCAACCGCGGUGCUCGCAGCCCCGGGAGCAGGGCGGCUGCAACGAGACGGCGGCGGUCUGGUGGUUCAGUCCGGCGGAGGGCCGCUGCAGACCCUUCUACUACAGCGGCUGCGGCGGGAACCAGAACCGCUUCGAAGAUGAGGCCGCUUGCGCCAGCUCCUGUCCCGAGCCUUUCGUACCGGACCUGUGCACCCUGCCGGCUGAGACGGGAGAAUGCGCUAAUUACGAGGAGAAGUGGUUCUACGAUACGUCCGAAAAAAGAUGUCGUCAGUUCUACUAUGGCGGGUGCGGAGGAAACGAAAACAAAUUCAAUUCUCAAAUCGAAUGUGAAAGUCGGUGCUCCGAGAUCCAGACCACUACCACCACCACCACCACCACAGUCCAACCACAACAGCCUGGACCAGAAAACUCAGAGUUCUGCUUCUUCGAGACGGACCCGGGCCCCUGCACGCAAUUUGAGACCCGCUGGUCGUACGACGCGCGCGGCGGCCGGUGCGCGCCCUUCCAGUACGGCGGCUGCGGCGGUAACACCAACAACUUCGCGUCCGAGGAGCACUGCCAGUACUACUGCCACUUCACGCAAGACGUGUGUCAGCUGCCGAUGCUGGCGGGUCCGUGUAACGACUCCAUCGUGAGCUGGUUCUACGACGCGUCCCGGGACGCCUGCAGCCAGUUCGCCUACGGAGGCUGCGGCGGAAACGACAACCGGUUCGCGUCACGCGACGAGUGCGAGAGCCGCUGCAGGUCCGGUCGGGUCGCCGAGGUGUCCACCACCCUCGCUCCGGAGCCCACCACCCUCGCCGCGACCAACGCCACCGUCGCUGUUGAGAGCAGAUUUCGUGGGGAGUGUGAAGUGUCGCCGACUCUGGAGCGCUGCGUCGCGCCCGGUCUGGUCUGGUACCUGGACGCGGCGCGGCGGGAGUGCGUCGUGCACUUCAACGCGGAGUCCGGACUCACCUGUCGGAACACCGGCACGUUCCAGACCCAGGAGGCCUGCGAGAGAUCCUGUGGCGCCUUCAAGGACAUAAAUGUUUGUUUGUAUCCAUUGGACCCUGGACCGUGUCGCGCGUACUUGCCUAAGUAUUACUUCGAUAAUGAGAGGAGGAGCUGCCAGGAGUUUGUAUACGGAGGCUGUCACGGAGGACCGAACAGGUUCUCCACCAUCGCAGAGUGCACGGAAGUCUGCAAAAACUAUAUCGAUCCAUGCAAGGUCCAGCCUGAGCCCGGGAACUGUAUGGACCGAUUAGAAAAAUGGUACUACCGUGAAGCGAGCGACAGCUGUGAACAGUUCGUCUGGACCGGUUGCGAUGGAAACAGCAACAGGUUCGAGACGCGCGAGGAAUGCGAAGGCGUCUGCAGGAAGCAGCCGAUCUUCACUACGACCACAAUAUCAACAAUUGCCGUGACAGACCACACGGAGCGGGCUGUACCGGACGAAUGCCGCACCCCCGACUCGCUGGUCCCUUGCGGCGAGAACGUCACGGUCUUCUACUACGACUCCUCCGUCAGGAGUUGCUUGGCGGCCGACUUCGGAGGUUGCCGCUACUCCAACAGCUACCGCACCGAAGAAGAGUGCGAAAGAAGAUGCGGGGCCUUCCAGGAUAUCAACGUGUGCACCGCGCAACUCGACCCGGGGCCCUGCCGCGCGUCCAUACCGAAGAUCUACUGGGACAGAGCCACCGGCACAUGCAAGCCGUACGCGUACGGCGGGUGCGGGGGAGGCGCCAACCGCUUCUCCUCCGUCGAUGAGUGUGAAGAAGUCUGUGGGGAGACUGGUCCCGCGGCGGCGUGCCUGCACCGCGUGGAGACGGGCGCCGCGUGUAGAGAGCCCUCGUCGCGCCGCUGGUACUACAGCGCAGUGGACGGCGAAUGUCUCGCCUUUGUGUAUCUCGGCUGCGAGGGCAACGACAACAACUUCCUCAACUACGAGGACUGCAGAACUGUUUGCAAAGUUUCCCGGUUCCCCGAGACCAACGAAGUGUUUCCGGACUGCAGCCGCUACGAAGCCGAGUGCUCGGCGCUGCAGUGCUCGGGUGGGCUGGUCCGCGUGCCGGAGCGGGACGGCUGCGAGCGGUGCGCGUGCGCGGCGGCCGACCCCUGCGCGCCGCACACCGCCCGCUGCCGCACUCUGUACUGCCCGUACGGCAUCACUAACACCACUGAUGCUGACGGAUGCCAGGAAUGCCAAUGCAACGAAGACCCUUGCGCUCAAAAUAGAUGUCCUCCAAACGAGCAGUGCGUACCAAUAGCUUACAGGGACCCCGAGACACAGGAGGCUCGAUACUCUUUCGUAUGUCAACCAGAAAACGAAACGAACGAAAUACUUCCCGACUGCGACCGCUACAAGGCGGAGUGCGCGCGGCUGCAGUGCGAGCACAGCGUGCAGCGGACGCGCACGGCGGGCGGCUGCGAGCGGUGCGAGUGCGUCGCCGCGCCGCCGGACUGUGCGGCGCGCGCGCGGGAGUGCGACGUGCUGCACUGCGACCACGGCCUGCAGCGGACCACCGGACCCGACGGCUGCGAGAUAUGCAGCUGCGCGGAGGACCUGUGCGGGGGGGUGCGGUGCGCGGGCGGAGAGCGCUGCGUCGUGGUCCAGUACCGAGAUCCCAUCUUCCCUCAGCUCUUCAAAAACACAACCGAAUGCAGACUGGUGAACAAGAGCGGAUCGUGUCCAACGGAUGAGUGGACGAGUCCGGUGAGCGUCUGUGAGAGCAAGUGCGACGACGACGCGGACUGUCGCGGCGACGGCAAGUGUUGCGAGCGCGGGUGCAGCCGCCUGUGCGUCGCCCCCGCGCUCAAUACCGCACCGCCGCCAGAGCCGCCUCGAGCCCCGCAGGCCAGUCCCGAAACCGAACCGGAGGUGAACGCGGCGGAGGGCGGGAAGGCGACGCUGCGCUGUAUAUUCCAUGGGAACCCGCCGCCCAAGAUCACUUGGAGGAAAGGAGAAAUCACUAUCGACGGCAGCGAGGGCCGGACGCGCGUGCUGUCGGACGGCGCGCUGGAGAUCGUGUCGCUGUACCGGAACGACACCGGCGUCUACAUCUGCAUCGCUGAGAACGAGUUCGGCAUCAGCCAGCAGGAGAUCCACCUGCAAGUGAACGAUCCGGUGAGGACGCCGGUCGGCAUCGCGGGAGAACAAAAUGAAGUAAUAACGGGGGAGAUGGGCAGACCGCUCGUCUUGCGCUGCCUCGUGUACGGAUACCCGACCCCGGAAAUCUUCUGGUACAGAGGACUUAACGGUCCCAUGGUGCCAUACAGCAGUACAUUGUACGAAGCCAGAGAAAACGUUCUUCUAAUAAGACAACUGAUCGACGAGGCGCUCGGGGAAUACGCGUGUCAAGCAUACAACGGAGAAGGAAGCCCGGCCACGUUACUGAUGGAGGUUCGGGCGUACAAACAAGACGAUACGCCCUCUGACAACAAGUACCUAGUGUCGCGGCCCGGCGAGGGGGUCCACGUGCGGGUAGUGGACGCGGCGACGGAGGCCCCCCGGCCCCCCACCGUCACUACCACUGCUGCCCCCACCACUCUUCUCGAUCUAGAUUUCAACGUUCCCCUGUUUACCGCGCCGGUGUCGACAAGGAUAUUGUCGGCGCCCCCGACGCUGACCGCGGGCGCCGAACUGAGUCUGCCCUGCGAAGUGGAUGGGUACCCGCAACCUGAAAACGUAUACUGGUCCAAAGAUGGCGUCAGGAUCGCGUCCGGAGACAACAUAUGGAUAAGUGGAACUAGUGUUUCCCGUCUGACGAUACGCCGGGUGACGGUCGGAGAUAGCGGAGUAUACGUGUGCCACGCCGACAACUUGUACAGCUCGCACGAAUCUAGCGUCCAGGUCACUGUUAAAGCUCUGACGACACCAGCAAAGUGUACUGACAAUCCAUUCUUCGCUGACUGCAGUCUCAUAGUUCGCAGCAAGUUCUGCAAACAUCAUUAUUACUCUAAUUUCUGCUGCAAGUCUUGUCUGGAGGCAGGUCAACUGAGUCCCGAAGAGGUGGAAAUGCAAAACGACGCGGCCUUCACCAGAAGAAAGUAGUUUUUAGGACUAUUAUUAUCAUCCCUAGUUAGUGUCAAUAAACAACCAUCGGUCACAAUAAUAUUAUUUUCGUAUUGAUUAUUUUUCUCAAUAUAGUUAAAUCAUCGCCACGACCGAUGGCUUCACUUCGACGGAACAAUCUUGUUAUUUAGUGCCAUAAAUUGUGUUAUUUUAAAAGAAUUAUACAUUAGACUAAGCUAUGAAUAACAUCACAUGUCAACCGUGUGCACUAUUCUUAAAACAGGUACUUACACUAUAGAUUUUAAAAAAAACCUGUAAAUAUUUGAUUCGCAAUAAUCUGCUUGUCUAAAUUUACAACAGUUUUUAUGAAUGUUCGAGCCAAAAAUCCAUUUAUAUAUUAACGAAUAGACAAUAAAUUAUUUAUGAUUUACUUUGUCCGGUGUAGCUUUUGUAUUCUCAGAUUCUGUCUACUAAUUUAAAUAGGUAUCGCUAGAUUCGUCGUCAGUGUUUCCUUUGUAAUAAUUAAACAAUGUAAAUAAAUUGAAUAAAAUAAACACACACA